GGAGUGGAGCGACUGCGGUGGUGCAGGCAGCCUUCUGCACUCCAAAGAAGGAGAGGGUGGCAAUUAAACGGAUCAAUCUUGAGAAGUGUCAGACGAGCAUGGAUGAACUCCUGAAAGAAAUUCAAGCCAUGAGUCAGUGCCAUCACCCCAACAUUGUAUCUUACUACACAUCAUUCGUGGUGAAAGAUGAGCUUUGGCUGGUGAUGAAGUUACUUAGUGGAGGCUCUGUGUUGGAUAUUAUAAAGCAUAUUGUGGCCAAAGGAGAACACAAGACUGGUGUCCUAGAUGAACCCUGUAUAGCCACAAUCCUUAAGGAGGUGCUGGAAGGCCUGGACUACCUGCAUAAAAACGGACAAAUCCACAGGGAUGUGAAAGCAGGAAAUAUUCUUCUUGGAGAAGAUGGCUCAGUGCAAAUUGCAGAUUUCGGUGUUAGCGCGUUUCUGGCCACUGGUGGUGACAUUACCAGAAAUAAAGUCCGGAAAACUUUUGUAGGCACACCUUGCUGGAUGGCACCAGAAGUAAUGGAACAGGUCAGAGGAUAUGAUUUCAAGGCAGACAUCUGGAGCUUUGGGAUCACUGCUAUCGAACUGGCUACAGGGGCAGCUCCUUACCAUAAAUACCCACCAAUGAAGGUUUUAAUGUUGACGCUACAAAAUGAUCCUCCGUCUUUGGAAACCGGUGUGCAAGAUAAGGAGAUGCUGAAGAAAUAUGGGAAAUCGUUCAGGAAGAUGAUUUCAUCGUGCCUACAAAAAGACCCCGAAAAAAGACCCACAGCAGCGGAACUCUUAAGACACAAAUUUUUCACGAAAGCAAAGAAUAAAGAAUUCUUACAAGAGAAGAUGUUGCAGAGAGCACCAACAAUCACUGAAAGAUCCAAAAAGGUCCGGAGAGUCCCAGGUUCCAGCGGACGUCUGCAUAAGACUGAAGAUGGUGGCUGGGAAUGGAGUGAUGAUGAACUAGAUGAAGAAAGUGAGGAAGGCAGAGCAGCAAUUUCACAGCUCAGGUCUCCCAGAGUGAAAGAACCUGUACAGAAUUCUGAGCUCUUCCCAUCAGCUGAACCUCCAGGUCCUUCACUCAAUGCUCCAGCACAGGCACCUACUCAACUACCUCAGGCUGCAGGACAAGUACCUGCACAACCUCAAACGGCUGCCGUACCUCCACCUAGUCAGGCUCCUCCAGCAGCCCCAGCAGCAGCCCAGGCCCCACCUGCCCCUGCUGCAGCUCCGGUACAGGAAGAUACAAAAGUCCCCAUCAGCCUUGUACUAAGGUUAAGGAAUUCAAAAAAAGAGCUCAAUGAUAUUCGAUUUGAGUUUACCCCAGGGAGAGAUACUGCUGACGGUGUGUCUCAAGAACUCAUUUCUGCAGGUCUUGUUGAUGGCAGAGAUCUGGUAAUAGUUGCAGCUAAUUUGCAGAAAAUUGUGGAAGAGCCCCAAGCAAACAGAUCCGUCACUUUCAAACUGGCAUCUGGCGUCGAAGGCUCAGAUAUUCCCGAUGAUGGCAAACUUAUAGGAUUUGCACAGCUCAGCAUCAGCUAAACCAUGGUCCCAGGAGAUGUUUCCCAACUGAGAACCCACAUGUGCAUAUUUGUAACGCUUCUGUUAGCUUAAAAAAGAAAAAGAAGAAAAAAACCAACCACUACUGCCAAAGAAUUGAACUACAGCCCCCUUCCUAGAAGCUUUAACAUUUUCCUUAAUAGGAUCACAAACCUUCCUGAAAUUCCCGAUGGCGUUUACACCUUUUGUAAACAACUCUCAUGUUUUUGUAUCUGUCAUCUCAGACAUGCAGAUCCAACACGUCAUUGCCUGCAUGUUCAUUUGAUUAUUGCCUUACUUUAAAGAAAAAUACUACUGAGUACGAAGCAGGGGGUUCCACUGCUCUGAUGAUCUUGCCUAAAUGUUUGCUUACAUGUGGUUUCAUUUUUUUUCACUUGCUAUUUUUGCACAAGUUUUAAUACCGAACGGAUCUUUUUAGUUCUUUACCUGCUUCUCCUUCUAUCUGAAACACCAAUGUACAUGUCGUUUGGGUCACCUGGAGUGCUGAGAAAUCUGCUUCUCUUCCGCUGUGUUUAAAACUGCUGGUUUGAAUGCUUGCACCUGAGAAAGCAAGCCAAGUCUUAACCCACGGGAGGGAGAGCCACCUUCCCUUGUGUUUGUGUUUUUGAGAAGUUCCUUGACUUUGAGGUGUUAGAAGUCAUCUUCGCUUUGUAAACUGC